CCUUGACAGCGUGAGAAACUGGCAGACAUGGUGCCUCUGGCCAGGUCAGUCUCACUUCAGAGUGACCCUUACUAGAGGGGUUCUUCUCUUUUGGCAGGUAAGACGGCUCACCUGAACAGUUUUCAGUCCUACUGAUGUUGAGUGUGUGGUCCCUGGGGGACACCAGUGGUUAGGCACAGGACUGUUCAUCUGAAGGUGGGCAGUUUGGAUCCACUCGGGGGCGCCUCAGAAGACAGGCCUGGUGAUCUGUUUCUGCAAGGUCACAGCCUUGACCACCCCGUGGGGCACUUCCGCACGCGCUGGACACUUGGGUGGCCAUGAGUCGGAGGUGGCUCCGCAAUUGAAGACAGCAGCAGUUGAACGCUUACUCAGUGUCAGGUAGGACACUUGGUCGGGGGACGACGCAGCCCUGAGGACAUCCCUUAACCCCGGGGCCAGUGACACCGCUGCGGGAAACCAGUGAGACGCCCACCAUGGUGGACACCCAGGACCUGGUGCAGCUGCGGAGGCUCAAUCUGGAGCUCCUGGGGCGGCUGUGGGCCAGGCAGGACGCUGUGCGGCAAUCUGUGGCUGAGGCAGCCUCUGAGUCAAGCCUGGACUCCAGCAGCAGCCAGGACACAGAGAUGCUGCCAUCUCAGAGGAUGACCUCAACGACCUCAAGACCUUCCUCCUCGCCAGGCCACCCCACAGAUGGUCCCUGUGAUCUGGCUUGGCCUGGCAGGACCAGCUCUCUGGCAGUCUCUUUCCCACCCCCUGUGUGCCAUCGCCCGAAGCCCCUGGACCGAGUGAGGCCUCAUUCAGCGCCCUGCCUGGUCACCUCGGGCGUGAGUGACCUAGGACCGGGCGGCCCAGGGUCUCAGGACACCUCGCUGUGCCGCCCGACACCUCCACAAAAGUCAUCCAAGCCCAGAGUGACCUUCAGCAAGGAGCCCGAAGUUCCUGAGUGGAGCUGGCGCCUCAGGCCGUACCUGGGCUACGACUGGAUUGCAGGGACUCUGGACAGUGCUUCUCUUGUCACCGAUAAGUCGGAUACCUUCUUCUCUAAGCUGCAGGAGUUCCGGGAAGCCAACAAGGAGGAGUGCAUCUCCAGUGAACCGGAACCCCAGCUCCUCAGCCUCCGGGACAGCAGCCACAUGGUCGAGGAUCAUGAAUGUGUCUACAGUUAUCGCAUCAACCGGCGCCUGUUUUUGGUCCCUGCGGAUCCCGGCACCCCCUGCCGCCUCUGCAGGACACCACGGAACCAGCGGGACCUGGAGACCUUGGCGGACCCAGCUCGGGUCAGAGUGAGCCUCCCGCUCUCCGUCCUGGAGCCCCCCCACAGCUACCACAUCCACCGGCGCAAGAGCUUCGAUGCCUCGGACACGCUGGCCCUGCCCCGGCACUGCCUGCUGGGCUGGGACAUCAUCCCUCCCAGGCCCGAGAAAAGCUCGUUGCCUAGGAACCUAGACCUCUGGUCCUGCGUCUCCUCUGAGGCCCAGCACCGGAAGCCGUCUGCCAGCAGCCCUGCCCAUCUGGCCCUGCCAACUCGGGCUCCGCCACCCGCCCCAACCUGGUUAGAGCCCCAGGGCACCGGGCCCCACACCCCUCGGCAGAAGCCCUGAGGACCGACCAACCGACCGACAUCCCCGUCUCUCCCCUCGGGCCUGAGAAGCCCAUGAGUGGAAGCCCUGCCCAGUCUUGGCUGGAGAUGGACUUGGACGCCUUUGCUGAACAGGGUGGGCAGACGCAGGCCUGGCUGCUCCUGGGGGCACACCGGAGCGGGCUCUGCGGGUAUCUGAGGAGUUCUGUUACCUGUUUGUAAAUAAAGCUUAGGCUCUUGGUA